AUGUAUUCGAUUAGACCCAAAGAAACGCCAGAGAAACUGUAUUCGGUUGCGCCACAAAAGUCGAGGCAAUCGAUAGACGACCAUGACACUGUCGAAAGCAUUGAGGAUUACGUCACAGGCGGAUACCAUCCCGUGCACUUGGAAGAUACCCUUAACGGACGAUUUGAAGUUUUCCACAAACUUGGUAUUGGAAGAUUUAGUACUGUAUGGCUCUGCUUCGAUCAAAACGAUGAAGCUAGGCCCUGGAAAGCAAUUAAGAUAUUGCGCGCAGACGCCUCUAGGGAUGAUGUCGCCGAAAUCAAAGCCGCCACAUAUUUCAAGUCUAUUAACAUCACCGUCGAACAACUCGAAGAAAACCAUGUUUACCUUCCGGGUGAACACUUUUGGCUUUCCGGUCCCAAUGGGCGACACCUCUGCUUGGUCAUGCCAGCCUUAGGUCCUCCAAUUGAAAGCAAACCACUGGAGGGAGAUCUUGACCAGAAUGCAAUUCUCCAGGCCGUGGAGGGACUCGGUUUCCUGCACCGCAACGGACUAUGUCACGGCGACUUGCGUCCCCCCAACUUGCUGCAACGUAUAAUACACAUCUCCAAGAUUGGAAAGAAUGUCAUGCUGGAGCGGCUUGGUAAACCUACAAAAAGGAAAGUUACAGUUAUUUCCGAGGAAAGGCUUGAACUACAUGCACCCAAGUACCUGGUGGAGGCAACUUCGCUUGCUAGCUUUGCAGUUAGGGGAGAAUGUUGCAUAACUGAUUUUGGGGAUGCUUUCCUGGCAAAGGAUCCACCGAAAAACUCGAUUACACCGGAAUUUGCAGCUCCAGAAAUUAUAUAUGAAUGCGGAAAGCCGGGUCCCGCGAGUGACAUCUGGGCACUGGGAUGCACAAUAGUCCAGUUUCGAUCUGGAUUCACGCUGGGUCACAUGCAUGGAGGGAUGAAUUGGGAUGACAACCAAAACCUGGAGGUGUUUCUUGGCGCCUUGCCAGAGCCUUAUAGGUCCGCCUUCCAAAAGAAAAGACAAAUUGCAGCCGAGCAAAUGAACGGAACCUUAGAAGAUCUAAACAUGGAACUGCUAGGAGUCCUGAGUGAUGCCGAGUCAACCACAGAGACAACUGACCAUAUGGGUCCCCCCAUGAAUGAAUUUGGCAAGCGAGACUACAGUUGCCUACACAAACUUUGCGGCUACAAACCCCCACCCGAAGAAGUCACUACGCUGGCAAAUCUGCUCCGCAAGAUAUUCAAAUACAAUCCGGAUGCUCGAAUUGGGGCCAAGGAAAUCACAUACCAUGACUGGUUC